GAAUUAUUACCUCUAUUUUACAGAUUCGGGGAUUGAAUCUUAGGAAGGGCCAGCUGUUGAGGCCUGGUGAAAAAAAAUCAGGUGCAAUAAUGUUCUGCAGUAAAAAGAAAUCACUUGAAGUGGAACGGAUAGUAAAAGCCAAUGACCGUGAAUAUAAUGAGAAGUUCCAGUACACAGAUAAUCGUAUCCACACAUGCAAGUACAACAUUCUCACCUUCUUGCCCAUUAAUUUAUUUGAACAGUUUCAAAGAGUGGCAAAUGUGUAUUUCCUUUUCCUUCUGAUUUUACAGCUGAUUCCAGAAAUUUCCUCCUUGACCUGGUUUACCACCAUUGUACCUUUGGUCCUGGUGGUAACUAUGACAGCUGUCAAAGAUGCCACAGAUGAUUAUUUUCGCCACAAGAGUGAUAAUCAAGUGAAUAAUCGGCAAUCUGAAGUGCUCAUUGACAGCAAACUGCAGAAUGAAAAAUGGAUGAAUGUCAAAGUGGGAGACAUCAUUAAAUUAGAAAAUAACCAAUUUGUUGCUGCUGAUCUGCUUCUCCUAUCAAGUAGUGAGCCACAUGGCCUCUGUUAUAUUGAAACUGCUGAGCUUGAUGGGGAAACGAACCUUAAAGUGCGCCAUGCGCUAUCAGUUACCUCAGAACUUGGAGCAGAUAUUAGCAGACUUGCAAAGUUUGAUGGGAUUGUUGUCUGUGAGGCACCUAACAACAAACUAGAUAAAUUCACUGGAGUCCUCUCUUGGAAGUGCAGCAAGCACUCCCUCAACAAUGAAAAGAUAAUCCUGAGGGGCUGUGUCCUGAGGAAUACCAGCUGGUGUUUUGGAAUGGUUAUUUUUGCAGGUCCUGAUACUAAACUAAUGCAGAACAGUGGUAAGACAAAGUUUAAGAGGACAAGCAUUGAUAGAUUGAUGAAUACUCUAGUAUUAUGGAUUUUUGGGUUUCUGAUAUGCUUGGCAAUUAUUCUUGCAAUAGGAAAUUCAGUCUGGGAGAAUCAAGUUGGGAACCAAUUCAGAACUUUCGUCUUUCGGAAUGAAGGAGAGAACUCUGUGUUCUCAGGAUUCUUAACAUUCUGGUCAUAUAUUAUUAUUCUCAACACAGUUGUACCAAUUUCUUUAUAUGUGAGUGUGGAAGUAAUUCGUCUGGGACACAGUUAUUUUAUAAACUGGGAUCGGAAGAUGUAUUACUCUGGGAAGGCAACACCUGCUCAAGCUCGGACGACAACGCUCAAUGAGGAGCUAGGCCAGAUUGAAUAUGUUUUCUCUGACAAAACGGGUACCCUCACUGAAAACAUCAUGACUUUUAAAAAAUGUUCCAUUAAUGGGAGAAUCUACGGUGAAGUACAUGAUGUCCUGGGUCAGAAGACAGAAAUGACUAAGAAGAAAGAGGCUAUGGGUUUCUCAGUCAACCCCCAAGCAGACAGAACAUUUCAAUUUUUUGACCACCAUCUGAUGGAAUCCAUUAAAAUGGGUGAUCCCAAAGUGCAUGAAUUCCUUAGAUUACUUGCACUCUGCCACACCGUAAUGUCAGAGGAAAAUAGUGCCGGAGAGAUGAUUUACCAAGUUCAGUCACCUGAUGAAGGGGCUCUAGUAACUGCUGCAAAAAAUUUGGGGUUCAUUUUUAAGUCUCGGACCCCAGAAACAAUAACAAUAGAAGAAUUGGGAACACUAGUUACUUAUCAAUUGCUUGCCUUUUUGGAUUUCAACAAUUUCAGAAAAAGGAUGUCUGUCAUAGUUCGAAACCCAGAAGGACAGAUAAAGCUUUAUUCCAAAGGAGCAGACACUAUUCUGUUUGAAAGACUUCAUACAUCCAACGAAGACCUCCGGACUUUGACGUCAGACCAUCUCAGUGAAUUUGCAGGAGAAGGCCUUCGAACCUUGGCCAUCGCAUACAGAGAUCUGGAUGACAAGUACUUCAAAGAGUGGCAUAAGAUGCUUGAAGAUGCAAACGCUGCCAUAGAUGAGAGGGAUGAACGGAUAGCAGGGCUGUAUGAAGAAAUCGAAAGGGAUUUGAUGCUACUAGGUGCCACUGCUGUAGAAGAUAAGUUACAAGAGGGUGUUAUUGAAACGGUUACAAGCUUAUCACUAGCCAAUAUUAAGAUCUGGGUCCUAACAGGAGACAAACAAGAAACUGCCAUCAAUAUUGGCUAUGCCUGCAACCUGCUGACUGAUGAUAUGAAUGAUGUGUUCAUCAUAGCAGGGAACACAGCCAUGGAGGUCAGAGAAGAACUCAGGAAAGCAAAGGAAAAUUUGUUUGGACAAAACAGAAGUUUUUCCAAUGGCCAUGUAGAUUUUGAAAAAAAGCAGCCGCUGGAGUUGGACUCAGUUGUAGAAGAAACCGUAACAGGGGAUUAUGCCUUAAUCAUAAAUGGCCACAGUUUGGCCCAUGCUCUAGAAAGUGAUGUCAAGAACGAUCUUCUAGAACUUGCCUGCAUGUGUAAGACUGUGGUUUGCUGCCGAGUAACCCCUCUCCAGAAAGCUCAAGUAGUAGAGCUGGUGAAGAAGCACAGAAAUGCUAUCACUUUGGCCAUAGGCGAUGGAGCCAAUGACGUCAGCAUGAUCAAAAGUGCUCACAUUGGUGUCGGCAUCAGCGGCCAGGAAGGACUGCAGGCAGUCCUAGCCAGCGACUACGCAUUUGCACAGUUUAGAUACCUCCAAAGGCUUCUCCUUGUUCAUGGAAGGUGGUCCUAUUUCCGAAUGUGCAAAUUCUUAUGCUAUUUCUUCUAUAAGAAUUUUGCAUUCACACUUGUGCAUUUCUGGUUUGGUUUCUUCUGCGGUUUCUCAGCCCAGACUGUCUAUGACCAGUGGUUCAUUACCCUUUUUAACAUUGUCUACACAUCACUGCCUGUUUUAGCCAUGGGGAUUUUUGACCAGGAUGUUAAUGACCAGAAUAGCAUGGAUUGUCCCCAGCUCUACAGACCUGGACAGCUGAAUCUACUUUUUAACAAGCAUAAAUUUUUUAUCUGCGUGGCACAUGGAAUCUACACCUCAUUAGCCCUUUUCUUCAUCCCGUAUGGGGCCUUUUACAAUGUGGCUGGAGAAGAUGGACAGCACAUUGCAGACUAUCAGUCUUUUGCAGUGACCAUGGCCACGUCUUUGGUCAUUGUGGUCAGUGUCCAGAUAGCCUUGGAUACCAGUUACUGGACUAUCAUUAAUCAUGUCUUCAUCUGGGGCAGCAUUGCCACUUAUUUCUCCAUUUUAUUUACCAUGUACAGUAAUGGCCUCUUUGGCAUCUUCCCAAGACAGUUGCCAUUUGUUGGAAAUGCACGACAUUCCUUGACCCAGAAGUGCAUCUGGCUUGUUAUUCUCUUAACGACAGUGGCUUCAGCUAUGCCUGUGGUGGCAUUCAGAUUUUUGAAGGUGGAUUUAUUCCCAACCCUGAGUGAUCAGAUCCGCCAGUGGCAGAAGGCACAAAAGAAGGCAAGACCCCUGCGUAGCCGAAAGCCUCAGACUAGGAGAUCAAGCUCGAGAAGAUCUGGAUAUGCUUUUGCUCACCAAGAGGGCUACGGAGAGCUUAUCACAUCUGGAAAAAAUAUGCGAGCUAAAAAUCCACCCCCAACAUCAGGGUUGGAAAAGACACUGUAUAAUAGCACUAGCUGGAUUGAAAAUUUAUGUAAGAAAACCACAGACACAGUGAGCAGCCUUAGCCUGGAUAAAACAGUGAAACUGUGAGUCAAGAUGAAUUUGAACCACACAGUUAUCUUUUUACUUAGGCUGGAGCUGAAAUUAGCUGGCUCCAGAGUUUAAGAUCAGGGGCUACGGGUGGGGCAGAUGGCCUCGCUUAACCUAAAUCUGUGUCAGACAGUGGCCAGUGCCAUCCAAUAGAGAUGUGCUCUACUGAAAACCAGGUCAGAGGUCACUGUCCAAUUCAUGAGUUGGUGGACAAAACCCUCACAAUACCAGCACAGG